AUGGGGCUCCAAACGGAGAAGGACAGGGAGAAAGAAGAUCAGAAGAGGAAUUUUAAAAUAUGUAGCAAAAAAUUCGAAACGGAUGAGUUGGAGGUUCUGAAGAAGAUCUUCAAGGAGCUAGGAAGCAGGUCGGCAUCGGGCCAGAUAGACAAGGAGACCUUCCUCCAGUUUUUCCCCUUGCCAGGAUUAUGGGGCGAACGAUUGUUCCUAAAAUUUAACUUCAAAAAUACAGGCUACAUAGAUUUCGAGGAAUUUAUAAUCGGUAUUGCCAUCUGCUGCAGAGGAACUAAAAGCGACAAGAUAAGUGUCCUAUUUGAUAUUUUCGAUUUAAACUCCGAUGGAUACAUACAGAAGUCUGAGAUGGUGGCGAUGUUGUCCAACAUUCCAUACAUUGAUAAGCUGAAAAGUGUUUUCUUUAAUAAAAAAAAUAAAAGAAAGAAGAACUUUUACCAUGGAGAGUAUAACUCGAAUGAGAAUUUUUAUAACACAGUGGAAGGGGAAGACUAUGACGAUGAGGAAGGAGUGGACAAUGAGGAGUGUAAUGAUGGAUACAAUGGAGGAGAGUACCCUGCGAGCUACCACUAUGGGGCCAUUUAUGGAUACAGCAAUGCCGACCAGGAUGCCGAUGAGGACGACAACUAUAGCAACAGCUACAAUGACGACGCGUAUAGCGAGAAUGAGGCCGGUGAGGAGGACAACGAGGAAGACUUGAAUGAUAACGAUGAGGCUUACUGCGAUGAGGGACACGUGAGUGCAUCUGGAGUGGGUGGCAUGGGUGGAAGCGGCACCGGGGUAGGUACCAACGAUGCUGCUGCCAACGGGGCGAACGGAGCGAACGGCGUGACCAACUGCAGCAAAUGCCUCGAGCAGCAGAGGCGGAUGCGGAAUCGCAACAAGCUGCUGAACAUGCGCGAGCUAGCGAAGAAAAUCAGGAAGGAGAAGAAGAACCAGCUGAAGAGGUGCAUCAAAGGAAUCACAAACGAAAGAUAUCAGCAAAGCAACUCGUUCAAGGGGGCAAACAAAAAAUGUAAGAAAGAAAAGGAGAAGAAUAAGUCUCCAAAGAGGGAUUCCAUUUUCAAGAGCGAAAGCGAUGACAACAGCAACACAUCCUCUAGCAGCACAUCCAAUGGGUUCAUCCAUGAAGAAAUGGACCAAUCAAAUGUUAGUAAAAGAAAAAGUCUUCGAAGCAGGACAAAAAAGAAACACUCCAGAUACUUACCCUAUUUCAGAAAUGGGAAUAAUCAUAACGGAUUCAUGUCGUCAACAAGCGAUAGCUGCACGAGUAACGAUACGAAUUCAUUUCUCGGCAGCGAAGAUCUGGAGAGUUUUAACUCCAACAAGGAACACCACAAUGGAGGUGACACGUACUCCAGUAGCACGACAGACUCCUUCAUCAGCAUCUACGGUUACCUCAUCAAAAAUAAGCAGCGUAGGAGGAGGAAGAGGAGGGGAUGCCCAGACGGGUUAGCAGAGGACAGAUUAGACGCAGACAAGUUAGCAGCGGACAAGUUAGCAGCGGACAGGUUAGCAACGGACAGGUUAGCGGCGGAUAGGUUAGCAGCGGACAGGUUAGCGGCGGAUAGGUUAACAGCGGACAGGUUUGCAGCGGACAGGUUAACAGCGGACAGGUUUGCAGCGGACAGUGGCCGAGAAAAGAACACCCCACAACGAAAGAAUGAGUUGGGCCAGGAGGAAACCGGAUGCGCGGAAGACAGAGGCGCAGAAGGCAACGGAACAGAGAGUGCAGAUGAAGAUGCCCAAUCGGAAGAACAAAACAAAACACCGAACAACGAAACAGAAGCAGCAGGAGGAGUAAUGAUAAAAAAAGGAAAGAAACGAACAUGUUUCAAUAACCGAAGUGAUAUGAACAUUUACAAAAAGGAAAAGAAAAAAGAAAUCAAAAGGAAACUAUUUCUCCAGGAAUACUGUCUCCCAUCCAAAACGGCAAGGAAUAUUCUCAACGAUGAAGAGAAUUAUGACAUGGAGGAAAAAAAUGUGGACGUCGAGGAAAUAGUAGAUCGGAUGCUGGAAGAAUGUGAAUUUUGGGACAAUGAUAAAAUAACCCCCAUACAGUUUAAGAGUGUCAUAUAUAAGUAUGACUUCUUUCUCUAUGUAUUCUUUAGCUGUCUCCAUGAAGACAUUUGGGGACUUCAAGGGAAUGUUCUCUACGGGAGGGACUAUAUUAGCAAAUUUGUAAUAAAGUCAGAAAAUUUUAAGAGCAAACAGAUUGACCAAAAUGAGGAAGUAAUUACGGAAGAGGUGUAUUUUAAGAUCAGGCAGCUAUUCAUUAUUCAGGCGCCUGAUUAUGACUGCUUGAAUGACAAUCUGUGCGUGAACUUCCUCAGGGGGGAACAGGCAAGCGGCCACGAGAGGGGAGCCCCCCCCCACCAGCCGAACUCACAAGUAUCCGGCGCAGAUUCCGAUAAGGACAAAAGCGAUCCCGUGGCGAGCAAGAAAAACGCCAAGGUCGAGAAUGGCAGCAAGUUGGUCAAUUUUUCUCUACCCGGGGGAGAAGAAGCAACGUGGGGUGCAGCUGCUACCGAGGCGGGGACUGGCAUCAGUGACGUGGUAAAAAUGACGCCUCCGCGAAGUCAAGAGGAACACGCCAAUGCGCAAGGGGGCGAUGACGAGCGGGAUGAACUGUGUGAUCUCGUCACGGGAAGGCCCCCUGCGGAGGGGCACGAAAAAAGGGAAGUCAUUAUCCCCUCCAGUGAAAACGCGGCGAAUCGGACGGGCGCCAUGGAUGGGGUAGAUGCCGCUUUGGAGCCCGCCACUUCGAGGCAGUCAGAAAACCCCAAACAGAGGAAAGAACACACGAGCGUUGACCAACCGUGUGAGCAGAAGGAGUCCUCCACCAGAGUUAGCGACGCGAAUGGCAACUCUCACGCUGUUGAGAAGAAAAGUGAGGAGCAGAAGGAGGCGGAGGAGAAGAAGAGGCUUGAUGAGAAGAAGAAAAUUGCAGAGUGUUUCAACGCUGUGCUGAGGCAGAAGGGCAUGCACGAGGUGAGCAUCGGAAAGGGAGGCAGUAAGGAUGGCUCCAAGGAUAUCAUCAACGAAAUCGUCAAGGAUAGCGCCAAGGAGCUCGAUCAGGACGGCGGCCAGAGCUGCGCAGAAGGUACACCGAAACGCGAAGAAAAAAUGAUCAUGGCCCUGGAACACCUAAAGAAUAAGCCAAACUACGAAUGCGACUUCAAUCUGCUGACUAACUCCCUGAACGAUAUUUUCUCCAAAGAGAUUGUGGAGUUUAUUAAGGCGUCCCAAAGUACCUUCAACAUUAAGGAGGUAUGGAAGGAGCGAAAUGGCAACUGCAAGGAUAAGUACAAGAAGGCCAAGAGGAACAUCGAGAAGACAAGAAAUUAUUCUAACAAUGCGCACUGCGGGAAGAAGAAAAAGAAGCCCCACGUCAAUACCGGCUUAAGCGUCGAGGGGGUGAACGAGCAGAAGGAGGGACUAGCGCAACAGCGACAGAAUAACGCAAUCGAGAGGAGCCCCUCCGGCGUGGAGACCCAGAAUUUGGAAAAGGUGGACCUUCUCGGAAGGUUGGGGCUGUCGGGGAGGAAGGCAGAGGUGAAGGAGGAAGCGGUGAGGGGGGAAGUCCUGGAACCCGUAGCAGUGGAAAUGCCAUCCGAAGUGUCAGCCGAAAUGUCGUCGGAAGUUCUUGCCUCCGCGUCAGCCGAAAUGUCGUCGGAAGUGCCUGCCUCCGCGUCAGCCGAAAUGUCGUCGGAAGUGCCUGCCUCCGCGUCAGCCGAAAUGUCGUCGGAAGUGCCUACCUCCCCGUCAGUCGAAGUACCCGUCGCCGCGUCUCCCGCCGCGCCCCCCGCCGCUGAUCGCCACACCCACGAGGGGAAGAAGAAGAAGCACGUGAAGGACGUUAACCUGUACUCGUGCCCGAACUGCAAGGGGCCCUUCCUGAUGUGCCCCAACUGCCACGGACGGUAUCCCAGAUUCUGCGUGAACGAAGACAAAAUCGCCAUGGAGUGUGAAUAUUGCGAAUGCGAGCACUGCUAUUUUUACAAAUGUAUUUACUGCAACUUUGAUUUCCAGAAAUGUCUAGACAUGAUUAAAAAAAAUUCGUUAAAGGAAGGAAUCCUUUACAAGAUAGGGAAGCACCUGCAUCAGUUCAAGGCAAGGUACUACAUCUUGUUUGAUAAUCUGUUGUAUUAUUACGACAAGCAGAAGAAUCUGAAGCCACGUGGAUUCAUGUUCUUGGAAGGAUGUUACGUAGAAGUGAUCUCAAAAAAUGACAACAUCAGUAAGUUCGGAUUUUCCAUAUGUCACAAGGGAACAAAUCAAGUGCAGAGGAGAGACCUCUACGUUAAUACUUAUGAAGAGAGAGAGGAGUGGUUACAGGCCUUGUAUUCCACGACGAAGCAGAAUACCUUGUACAAUCUGUAUGAAUUACAUGAGCAGUUAGGACAAGGAAAGUUUUCCACCGUGUACCGAGGAAUCAACAAACAGACAAACACGGAGUUUGCCAUUAAAGUGAUUGAUAAAAGAUCCGUUUCGAUUUACGAGAAGGAGCUACUUCGUAGUGAGAUCUCCAUUUUGAGACUCCUCCGACACCCGAAUGUCAUUUAUUUGAAAGAAAUCAUUAACACGAAGGAGACGUUAUACAUCUCGAUGGAGUUAGUAAAAGGAGGAGAGUUAUACGAUUUUUUGCUAACCGAGACGAGACUCAGCGAGAUUCACGCCAAUAAAAUUGUGACACAGCUAAUCAAGACCGUGGCAUAUCUGCAUCGAUGUGGAAUCAUACAUAGGGACAUAAAACCAGAGAACAUCCUACUUACAGAUAAAUCCAGAGAUGCACAAAUAAAGUUAACCGAUUUUGGCUUAUCCACCUUGUGUGCUCCAAACGAAUUGUUAAAGGAGCCCUGUGGCACACUUGCCUAUGUAGCUCCGGAAGUCAUCACUCUGCAAGGUUACAAUCACAAGGUCGAUGCGUGGUCCAUCGGGAUCAUACUGUAUCUUCUUCUCAGUGGGAAGCUUCCCUUCCCGAUUAAUAAAAACACCGAAAUGAAUAUACAGAAAAAUUAUGUCCUCAGUUUUAAGGACCACAUAUGGAAAAGCAUCUCCUCAUCAGCUAAAGACCUCAUUUCCAAGUUGCUAGAACUUAACGUUGAGAAGAGAAUAUCAGCAAAUGAGGCUUUGGAACACAUUUGGAUAAAAAACCCCACUGCAGUCAUUAAUGAGAACUCCUUUAUCUACAAAAACGAAGAAAUUAAUAUUUUAAACCUACAGGACGUUAGUGUCAGCACCUUUAACAUUCCCAAGUAUGCCCCUUUCCAUUUAGAAGACGAAAAAACGGAGGAAGUAGAGAACAAGAAUCUUUUUAGUUUCCACAAGGAAGAUAUUAUGUACGAGAAUAAUGACUCGAUUGACGACCCGGUUAUCCCUCUGCCUUAUAGCGGCGCCCCUUUGAAGGAUAUUUCCACUGACAAGAACGUACUCUCUCACUCGAAGGAGAUUUCCUUCACGAAGGAGGAAGUAUCCACAGGAGAGGAAGCACCAACAAGAGGGGAAGUACCUACAAAAGAGGAAGCACCCACAGAAGAGGCAAAUCUCCCUAGUGGAGUUGCAAAAGAUGAAAAAUCCCUUGGGGGAGUACCAGACGGUGACCAACGGGAGGAACGAACUCCUUGUGAGGCUCAGCAAACUGGGGAAGAAAAAACUCCCAUUAGGUACACCACUGAGGAGGGGGGUGGCGACCACCCGAUCGGUUCAUCUUCUUCCCCCCCCGGGUGA